UGCGGCGACGGCGUGUGGCCGCCGGAGGUGGUGGACAAGUCGGUCGGAGUGCGAGUGGCCGGUCAGUCGACCGAGCGACCGGAGCUCGGACUCCGAGUCCCGGUCAUCGGCCGUCCGCUGGCCGACGCCGACGCGUGGCGCCCGGCCAAGAAGGCAAUGUCUACGCUUUCUCUCUUCCCCGGCAGCAUGCUCCGGCGUCUGGCCGGCCGUCGCCAGACCGCUGGCGUCGGUCUGCACCGACCGGCAUCGAAGCGCCUCGACUCGGGACUCGUUUUCUCCAUUCUGCCCGCUUUCGUGGCCGCUCCGCUGGUCGCCAACGAGUCGGCCACACCUUCCGGCCUCGAGCGGACGCAGAGGCGACUCUCCGCCGACGACAGCCUCUUCGUGCCCACCCUCGGGCCCGGCUUGGUCAGUCGUCACGGCAACACAGCCAGAAGGUCGACGUCACCCAGCAACCGGUCUCGACAACUGGACACAGGAACCACGACCAGAGACAAAGUCGAGGAGGCGCCGGGCAGACGUGACGACGAGAGCCCAAUCAACAGUCCCGGACUCAGCCGCCAGGCGCGACAUCAGUUGCCAUCACGACAGGCCGACGUCUCCAAAGCGAAGCAGUUGUCGCCGGAUGGGGGCUUGAAAAGUCGAGGCGCCACGACUAGGAAGAGCCCGACUGGCAAGACCAGCGGGCACAGUUCGACGGGCCGACCGAAAGAGACGGCGUCCACGUCGGCGUCGGUGUUGGUGAAGAGGACAAACGGAAAGAGGACGCUUCGUCCGAGCCAUGCGAAAGGCCGGGCCCGGCCGGUCGUCGGAGCGCCGGUCGGGCAGCAGACGAGGCGAAGUGCAGGGCCUGAAAAGCCCGAGAAGCCCGAGACGGUGGCGGCGAGAGACAGGACUUGCGUCGGAGAAGGCAAUGACGGCAAAAGUGCGGCCGCCGCGAGACUCGAGGCCAGGCAGUCGGAGGAGGAGGCGGUGGACGGACCGGAGUCGCCUCUGCCGCCGCCCGCAGGCAACAUGCACAACUACAUGUUGACGCAGAAGCAGACGCUGCAUCGCAUGGUACAUGUCGGCUGGCGACCCUGUCCCCUCGCCAGCCAAAAGCCCGGCGCUUCCGGCUCCGGUUCCUGUUCCUGUUCCGGCUGCAGUUGCAAUUGCGGUUGCAGUUGCAGUUGCGGUUGUAAAAACGACGGCGACGGCGACGGCGACGGCAACGGUGACGGUGACGGCGGUUCGACGGCCCGGCAGACCAACAGCAGCAGCUCGUGCGUCUGUUCCGCCUCGCAAGAGACCGAAAACCCC